GAAAUCACAACGAUUAUACCCUACCGUGUAAUUAAACAUCGUGUUCUGUAUCUUGACCCAUCCUACCACAAGAAAACAAAUUAUAUAUAUUAGGCAUAAAAGACACAACGUGCUGGUGUAACUCAGCGGGAUCAGGAACCAAAUCCCAUUUGAACAGAAUGGCAAAGAUGCAAUUUUUAAGUCCGUCUGUCAAUUCUCAACCUGAUCAACAUAAAGCAAAGAAUGAACUUUCAUGGCAACUUCGGCCUUCUAAAUGUCAUAACUGUGAUUGGAUCAAAACCUCACUACCGUUUGUUUGUAAAGUGAUUCGCCACAUCCAUGAAUUGGAAGAUAAGACUGAAAUUUGGUUCAGAAAGUUUACAGCAGCUGUACAGUCAGAACCCCAAAGAAGAGCUCCAUCUUUUAAAAAGCUGAGUGCGAAUGCUCAAAGAAAUGCAAUAUUGCCUGAAAAGUCACUUAGUCAAACAUCUGUUGACUCGGCUUACAAUGAACUCUGCAUUAAGAGGGUUCGAUUUGAUGGAACAGAAUCUGACAUAACCGCAGCUUUACAUGAAGAGGCAAGGAUAGUUCUAUCAGAGAUCAUUGGUUUGAUGGAGCAACUGGAAGCUGAAUGCCAAAAGACAACCGAGUCUCUAAGAAUUGAAAGAGAGCGGGUGACAAAUCUUGGAAACAGAAUUGAUCAACUGUCUUGUUGGUGGAUGAAGGUGCUUCCUGAAGCUGUACAAAGAGAGUAUAACACACAUUUAGAAGAGAUUUAUGAAUUUGAGUUGCACGCUGAGUGUAAAGCAUCUCAUUUAACAAAGUUACAAAAUCAAGUUAAUGAUGCAAAGAAACUGAAUCAGAGAUUCCAAGAAGAAAUAAACUUAGUGAAGAAACUUGAUGAUUACUUGAAGGAAAAACUGGAUUUGGAAAAGAAAACCAUUGAUGAUAUUCUACCAAAUCAAAUAGAGUUGACAGAACUCUUUAACAAAGUUGAUUCAGAACUUAAAGAAGUACAGCUGGAGUUUGAUAAUGCCUCUGCUGAUGCAUAUUUUGAACAAAAUGCGAUGCAGACAGAUCUUCUUUCAAUAGAGAAUAAAAUUGUGCAGCUCAAUAAGGACACCAUGACAGCCAACACUGUAUUAAAAGUUUAUGCUGCUCAGGAGGAAGAAAUUCAAGAUCAGCUUGCAGAAGUAGAAAAAAUAUAUGAAAAGCUUACGAAUGAAUUUGUUGAAUUGGAUGAUCAGAAGAAUAUCAUGGAAGAGAGUGUUAAACAAUUGAACGCUGAAGUCUUUGAAAAACAGGCUGAGAUCACUAUCCUAAUGGACGCUUGCAGUCAACUUGAACGAACAAUUAAAGAUAAUAUGCGAUUUGGCAACACUGAGUUAUCAAAUGAACGAAAAGAACUUGAUAGAAGACUGAAUGAGCUUGCAAAUUUUGAAAAGGGAAAUAUAGAACUUGAAGCUGAGAUUGAAAUGUUCAACAGCUUCAUUAAAGAAAGUCGUCAGGAUAAAAAUAAAAUGAAGAAAGAAAUGCGGCAUGUGCAAGAAGCUCUAAAAUUUAAAAAUGCCAAACUAGCUAGCAUGAAGAAACAGCUCUCCCAAGUGGAGAAAACGCUAACUGCAUUGAGAACAAAGCUGGCGACGUUGAAAAAGACAGUAUCUGAUCAGGAAGCGGAAAUGAAGGAACAGACUGCAAAGAUGAGGAAAAGAAUUAAAGAUGAAAUGAUACAGAGAACAAAACUUCAGGCCAAGGUUAAAUUGGAAGCUGCCGAUCUAGCACAAUAUAAAGACAGCAAUAAUAGGAAGAAAAGAAGAGCUUCAAAUAAAGUUGCACAAGUUGAGAAAGCUGUUGAAAAUAUUGAAAAUAAAUUUAAAGAACUGGAAGCUGCAUAUGCGUACCAACAAGAACUAUUUUUAAUGUUAAACAAAAAACUAAAGGAACUUAAAGAGCGUCAGCAUUCAACAGCUGCUAAUCUGGAAAAUGAAAAUAAAGAUUUGCAAAAUGAUUUGACUAAUAUUCAGGAGGAGUAUUUGGCCAGCACCAAUCUGCUUGACCACACCAUUGAGCAAAUCGAAAUAACUCGGGAAAAUAUUCUUCAACAACACAACUUGAAAGUUUCAUUAUCAAAAGACAUCGAAAAAUACAAAAAAAUAAUUCAUGAUUUACAGCCCACUGUAGAUAUGGUAACGUUCAAACACACCAGUGCCUCAAACCUCAUCUCCAAUUUUAAGUCUGAACUUGCAGCAGCUAAAAAAAGGAAAGCACAAAUGGAGGAUGAGAAUCAGAAGUUGCUUCUCAACAGAAAGGAGAAAUCAAAAGAAAUAAGAGACAAGCUUGCUUCAGCACUUUUGGAAAAUGAGGCACGAGCUUCACAGUAUAUGCAACUGCAAGGAACGUACCUUGAAAUGAAAGAUAAACUCGCAAAUAUCUACGAUGACAGACUGAAGACAGAAGAAAGCAUCAAAAAUUAUCUACAGCUCUCCGCACUACAAACCAGGAUGCAUAAAGCAAUGGUGGACUACUCCAAACAACGGGGCCUUUAUAGUCAAGCUGAGCUGGCUACGUUCCAGGCUCUCUCUCUUGAGAAUGCUCAGAAAAUAAUAGCUGUGCAGGGGGACAUGGCAAAAUCCAUUCAGCGCGUGUCUACAUUCCUGCAGUCUUUGACGGAUUCUUGUGACCUAAAGGACGAUGCCGAAAACAACCUGUGUGGUAUAAUCAAAGACAAGAAAAGUCACAGAGUGCAAGUAACAGUGUAAUUGGACGUUCACCUGUUAACCAUUUCACACUUCUAUGGACUGCAACUCAGUCACCUUCCAUCAUGCUUUGUCUUCUUUUACUUACAGCAAAUCCAUAACAAUGAAACAGGUGACUUUCAUGCUGCUGUCAGGAACGAUCUAAUUUCAGCUUUGGGUGACUGAUUGCAAUUGGCUUUGCCUCAUCUGAUAAUUAAUCUAUGUCACGAUUAAUUGGAAGAGAGAAUAAUUACUGGCGAUGUUGACAGUGACUGUACGCUUCUCCAGAUUUCUGCCUAUUGCUCAGGCCUAACUAAUAACUUUACAGUUCAUCACUGAAACUUUGUACAUGUUGUAACAAUCUCUAUAGACAUGUAAUGGUGUUACACAUUCUUCCUGUUAGCACUUGUCAAUAAUUUUGAGUGCCAAAAGCAGUCUCCAUAUUACAAUUCUUUGUAUUUUAUCUUAAUUUUGUGGAAGUUUAAAGUUUUCAAUGAGCUGGAGAUGAAUGAUUAAUGAAUAAAUUCAAAUGCUUCAUUUUG